CAUAGCUGAACAACACUAACAGCUCGCUGCACUGGAGUAAUGCGGUAAAGGGGUAAUGCGGUAAUGCCGGCAGUGUUUGUGAGGCGCGCUGCUGUAACAGUGGGAGAUCCUGCUGGAGGUUAAAGUGGAGGGAACAUGGUGUUACUGCAGUUCAGUGCAGGAACAGGAAAUGACGCGACUGUCUGCCAAGAAACUUUUCGCCUUCUGCCUGUGCGCUUCAGCGGGAGUGUUCCUCAUCAUCACACUGCAGGUGGUGGAGGAGCUGGGCCAGUUUGAACAGGCAGUGCACCCACUCCCCCUAAAGGACAGAGAGGAGUUAACACAGAUCCAGGCUUUACCUGCAGGUGCUGGUCUCAUUGAUGAUGGAGUCUCUCCAGGCUCGGAGGGCCGGUACCCCAUUAUUGUCUGGUGGUCUCCGCUGACCGGAGAGCUGGGCCGACUCGGGCAGUGCGGACAUGAUAGAUGUUUUUUCACCAUUAACAAGUCAUACCAUUCUCAUCCUUCUACACAGGCCUUCCUGUUUUAUGGUACAGACUUCAGCAUAGAAAGUCUCCCUUUACCAAGGAAGCAACAGCAUCACUGGGCUCUUUUCCAUGAGGAGUCGCCUAAGAACAAUUACAAGCUCUUCCACAAGCCUGUCAUCACCCUGUUCAACCACACAGCCACCUUUAGCCACCACUCCCACCUCCCACUCACUACACAACACCUGGAGAGCCUCCACACACUCACCUCCCACAUGUUCCUGCUCCCUCUGGCCCAGAAGAACCAGCUGAGACGCACUCUGGCUCCUGUAGUGUACGUCCAGUCGGACUGCGACCCACCAUCAGAUCGUGACGUCUAUGUGCAGGAGCUCAUGAAACACAUCCCAGUGGACUCUUAUGGCCAGUGCCUGCACAACAAGGAUCUUCCUUUUCACUUGAGAGACUCCACUGCCAUGGAUGAGGAGAGCUUCUAUCAGAUCUUAGCCCAGUAUAAGUUCAUCCUAGCAUUUGAAAAUGCCAACUGUGAUGACUACAUCACAGAGAAACUAUGGCGGCCGCUCAAGCUCGGCGUGGUCCCUGUGUACUACGGAGCCCCUAAUGUUUACAUGUGGCUCCCGAGUAACAGAAGUGCAAUUGUGGUGGACCCAAAGCAGUCUCCAGAGAAAUUGGCCGAGUAUGUAAAGAGUCUGGACAAAAAUGACCAGGAGUAUUUAACAUACCUGGACUGGAAGCUGAAACGUGAGGUCUCAAAUCCGAGACUUGUUAAAGAACUGAAGGCGCGUCAGUGGGGUGUGCAGGACAUCACUCAGGAUAACUUCAUCGAUGUCUUUGAGUGUAUGGUGUGUAACAGGGUGUGGGAGAACAACAACAGACAAAAUGAGGGUCUGGUCCCCAGAGUGUGGCAGGCUGAAGAACAUCAUCUCACAUGUCCACCUCCAAAGCUGUUCGACUUUGCUGUAGAUCAUUCCAACAACUCUUCUCUGCGCCACAUCUGGAGAGCCAGUUAUGAGCAAUCAGUGAGAGAAGCCCGAGCUCUGAGACAACUAACACUUAGGAACAAGAACUUCACAGUUACGCAGUUCUGGAGGGAGGUGUUUAAUGACUGAGCUCUACUUUACAUGCAGUGUGAUCAUUUAAUGGUCAAAAGGGCAGUAUAGGUGUAGAUAUAUACAGUGCCAGUCCAAAGUUUGGACAUACAGUAGUGCUUGAAAGUUUGUGAACCCUUUAGAAUUUUCUAUAUUUCUGCACAAA